ACUCAGCAGCUGACUUUCCUGCCGAACCUUCACGUCAGCAGACACUUCCCCACAAUGACCACCUACGUCACACAACUUGACGUGUCCCUCGAUGAAGCUGAGGAGAUUUUUCUUCAAUCACAAGGCUUCAAGAAAAUCGAUGUUGAUCUGAACAAAGGAGCAGGCGGAAAGUUCAUCUAUAUUUGGUACAAAAAAGAAUCCCGCUCAGCACCAAUCACCGGACUUCAAGUUACAUUCAACGAUGACAUGGGUGUUGGAUUGAUCAAUGCAGGGUACACAAAGAUCGACAAAGAUCUCAAUGCUGGAUCAGGAGGUGAUUACAUCUACCUUUGGUUCUCCAGAAAGUCUGGGGAUUACCACACUCCCAUAGUGGAGAUUGAUGUCACUGAUAAUCCAGACGGUGAAGCCUUUAAGUUCACCAACGGCUGGGAGAAAUCAGCCUGUGAUCUGAACCGCAAAGUUGGAGGGAGGUAUAUCUACGUCUGGGUGAAGAGAAACCAACAAACCUACAUAAGUGAUGUUACUGCUUACAGAUCAGGCGGCUACUAUAAUGAAGAAUACAUCCGUAUGGAUGAAGACGUCAACAGAGAUACAGGAGCAGCCCCUAUCUUCAUCUGGUACCGUCAGACCACCGACCCCCAGCUUGCACUCACUGAUCUGAAUAUCUCCACCACCAAAGAUGAGUAUGACUCCCUUCAGAAGCAAGGUUACACCAAAGUGAGUGUUGACCUCAACGAGGGGACCGGAGGUAACCAGGUGUACCUGUGGUACAAGAAACAGGGAAGCAACAAACCCAUUCAGGCCAUGUCCCUGCUUCUUAACCUGGAUGCUGUACCAGUGUAUGAGAAUGCUGGUAUCCCUGUUAUCAAAAAAAGUCUCAACACAGGCAAUAAUGGCCGCACUGAGUACCUGUGUUUCUAUCGGCCAAACGCUUAGAAAGCCUUCUUCAUCAGAGCAGAGCUAAGAAUUCUUUAAUUAUUUUGGUGAUU